CACCGCCAUCCACACAACACUUUUGCACGUAUCGAGAGCUGCGGUGGCCAGAGUAGAUGGGGAUCGAAGCCCCCGGACUGCAACACUUUGGCUCUUGGGCGCAUACCGUCCGUUGAUCAGUUGGUCAGAUAUCGUUGGUGCGAUAGCACGCACACGUGCCUCCCCUCACAAUUUAAAAAACACAGCUCGCGCGCGAGAUUACAAUUCCACGCCUCAUCAUCUUUGGGUCCAUCUCUUUUCUCCAAGGCACUUCUUAGUUUUUUGUUUUUUUGAUUACUUACCUUUGGGGAUAAAUGGAGUAUAUUCAUCACAAAUUAUGAUUAAACAUAUCAGACACUUUUGGAAAAUUCUCACGCUUUUCCGCACAGAAGCACAGUAAAACAAGAGGGAAAAAAAACCUUGACACUCCUUGUUAGGAGGUUUAUGGACGCAACUUCUCUGGAGGACAAUAGCCACUCCAAUUAGCAUCUCUGAGGAACAAAGUGUAUAGUGCAUUCGCGGGAUUUUAAAGGCUGUGUAUAUGCACGCGUGUGACUAAAAAAAGAUUAGUGUUUAUUGCGAAAAUUUUCAUAACAAACUAUUGAUAUGGUGUAUCGUGAUCUUGUUUAGGGCUUUAGUCCGUAUGUUAUUAAACAUGAAAAAUUCUAUGUUUACAUUUUCAUCACAUACUUCCGCAUCGUGGAAGAGUUAAAUAGUUCAACAGUGAUCAUGUGCUAAUUUCCCCCUUCCAUAUGGACUUUAAAUAAGAGAAAAAAAAGAACAAUAAACCAUGAUCAAGUGUGCACUUUUCUGAAGAUCACCCUCGUUGGUGUACAAUAGAAGUCGCACAAUUUUAAAUCCAAAUAGCACCAAAAUAAUUGUUUAUGCAGCACCACAGUCAGACUUACAGUGUAAAUAUUUGUUCGUGUCAUUGCAGCAAAAGAAAUUGUGCGUGAUCUCUUGCAAACUUUUGCUCUCUUCUUAUACCCCAACACAGAAAAUUAUUGUAUAUGUUUGAUUUUCAAUGAAAAACAUCCCAAUAUUGCAUGACAAAAUAAUCACACUUACCAAAUUGAUAAACUCUGCCUGGGAUUCCAAAACGCGUCUCUCUGCUCAAUUUUCUGUGUUCCAAUCCAAAAUCUCCAAUCGACCAAAAACUCUCCCUCACCGAAGUGCACUUCCAAAAAGGCACCUCUUUUUUUUUCUUCGACCAACAAAAAUCUGUUUAAGAAAGUGUUAAAGAAAGUGUUAAUUUGUGCAUGAUUAAACAACAACAAAAAAAAUCCGUAUACAAAGUAAAAAUCUCAAGUGACAAAGAGACUCUUCGAGAGAUCAUCCAACAAGAUCCCUUCUUGACAAAAAUUUUAAAAAUAUAAAAAAAAGAAAAGUGAAACGUGAAACGCUAAAUAAACCGAAGGAGACACGCAGAUUUUAAAUAAUAUUUCUCUUGCGUGCGAAGGACACCGCAGAGUGAUAAUGCAAAAAAGAAAGAUAAUUCUUUAAAGUUGAUAUUGAAUGCUGAGAAAACGCGCUUAAAUCCUGCAACAUUGUUGCAAAGUUACAAUUGCAAUGUGCUAAAGUGAAAGAACCUUCCCUAUGAUUUAUCACAAUCACUCCAUCUUUCGCUUGAGAGUGCGUUGAUCAAUCAUAAUCGUGGUAUACAUCCUUCUCUCCAUAUACCCUAAGCAUCGUGUCAGCAAAAAAAAAAAAAAAGAAAAGAAAAACAAACCAAUUGCAAUAUCUCAUCAGACACGAGACAGAGAGAUUAUUAUUUGAAGUUGGAACGCGCACCACCUUGAGAAAUGAGGAGCAAAAUGGGACUCCUAUCGCGAAUUGCAGUCGCAAUUUUCUGCACAAUCUUGAGCUGUGAGGUGGCAAUGGUCGGAGCACACAGGAGAUCCACCUUCGGCAAUUACUCAACGACCGAUAACCUCAUGAUGAUGCGCUGUCAACUGAAAUGCCUGGACAAGCCACCGAAUAUUUGCAAUAUUGAGGCUUGCCUGCAGCAAAUGAGGAUUACACCAAAAUUGGGCAUUUGUCCAGAAAUGCCAAAUGAGAAUGAGGACAUCCGGCAGUGCCGAGAUCAGUGCCAUGGGACAGAUUGGAGAUGUUCAGAUGCUCAAAAAUGCUGUCACUAUUCCUGUGCAAAUAUAUGCAUCAAGCCAAUGGGUGUGGACAGGAGUCCUCUUCUGCCACCUGUACCAUACAAUCUCGGAGUGAAGGAGAAGCGUCCUGGCGUGAGGACUGUACAAAUAUCCUGGGAGGUUCGAAUGCACAUCAAUCGGACAGCUCCAAUUAUUUUCUUCGUCGAAGGACGCUCUCAUACUGGGAAUGUGUAUAUGGAUCAGAAACUUGGUCCAUGGACCUUCUUUCCUGUCCAGCCAAUUUACGAUAUCAAACAUCCAGAAGUCAAAGUUGAUAGAAAAACGCAUGUUGGCAACCUUAAACUUCGGCCAGGACGUUGGUAUAUAUUCCGUGUGGCUGCUGUGAAUGAGAAUGGUACUAGGGGCUACUCCUCAUACUCAUCCCCCUUCCAAUUAACAGAGAACGUGAGACUCAUUCCACCACCGCAAAAUCUCACCUUUGGGCGCCUCCAUAUCGCCAAGAAUUCAACAAUAUACACUGUGGUGUCUUGGAAUGCGCCAGAUGUGGAUAAACAUCCCAUCACAAAGUACAAAAUCUCCUGGUUUCUUCGUGGCAGGAGGAAAUCGUUACCACUUAACCAAAGUAUUGUCCCUCAGUCAAUAAAGUCUGUGGAGCUAGCAAAUCUCCAGCCAAAUUCUGUUUAUUGUGUUCAAGUGCAGGCAAUCUCAGGCAUUGGCAAGCAUCGUUCAAAAUCUCGCCGUGAAACCAGAUUGCUCAACACGACAAUUCCAGGAAGUUUCAUCCUAGCUGCCCUGGAUUCUCCACCCUCCCUCAUGACCACAUCCAUUUGGACAUCUCUCCAGGACGGCAUGGUGGGCAAAUUGGAACAUCGCCAUCGAAACAGCGGACACAGUAUCACUAUGAGAUACCUGGCCACGAAGCUGGGUGAGAUGAUCGUGAAAGCCAGCUGGGCUGGGAAUCCCCAUGAGAGCUAUUCCGUUGAUUUAUGUCGUGGCAAACACUGCCUGGACAACCCGGAAACGGGUGAAUUUCGCAGUGUGAAAACUCACAACAAUUCCCUGGAAUUCCUCAAUCUCAGAUUUGCCACCCUCUACAGCAUCCGGCUGCGGGUGACUAAUCAUGCCAUUGCUAAGCAUCAUAAUUUCGUGAGGACUUUUUCGACGCCUCUCUGUGAGAAUUUUCGCAGAAAGCACUCACUGACCAUCAAAUGCUGAUCAUAACUUUAAUUAAAUUAUUCUGUGUCUCAUAAUAAAGCAUCACAUGCACAUCUCUGAAUAUUAAUCAUAUAAUCUCAA